AUGAGAGCUCUCCACGAAGACCCACCUCUUGCCGGCGUUGCGUUUCUCAUUACAGACGCGAGGGAAGUACGCGAGACUGCGGAGGUGUGUUGUCGUUCUUGUCGCCGCGCGUUCCUCAACGUACAGCAGCUGCGCGGCCACAGGUGUCGAGGCCAUCCUUCCGGGUGUAGGCAGUUCGCCUGUAACACCUGCGGUAAGACCUUCACCCAGAAGAUCAGUCUGCAGUACCAUAAUAUAUACGUUCACAACGGGGAGAGGAAGGCCGCCUGUCCUCACUGCGAUUACAAGGCUCCAGAUAAGGCCAAGUUGUCGGUGCACCUCCGCACGCAUUCCAAGUUGCGUCCGUUCGUGUGCCAGUCUUGCGGCGCCUCCUUCAAGUUCCGCUCCACGUACAGGUCCCACGUGGCCAGACACACCAACUCCGGGAACUUUGUGUGUUCCCAGUGUAAUAAAGCAUUCACGAUGGCCUCCGAGCUGAAGGAACACUCUCGCAUCCACGCCGUAGACCGACCCUUCUCGUGUACGCUGUGCGGCAUGGCCUUCAAACAGAAGAAACGUCUGCGCGUGCACCACCGCGCCGUGCACCUGCGGGACAAACGCUACACCUGCAUGGUGUGCGGCUCCUCCCACAUCAACAACUGGAACUUACGCGCGCACAUGAGGACGCACAUACACGAGGACGCCCCUUACCCCAACGCGUGCGAGCACUGCGGCAGCACCUUCCGCGGCCGGGCGGGUCUGGCGGCCCACCUACGCCUACGACACGGCGAAGGCCAACAGGUCGUGGAGGUUGUGCCUCAAGAGGAGGAAGUCAUAGAACACAUCAUUGACCCACAACAGGACAUAUUGGACACCAAGAUGAUCGAGGUGUUCUCCUGCACGACCUGCGGCCAACUGUGCGAAUCACUCGACCACUUGACCUCGCACACACAACAGAACCACCAAGUGACCUACCCUGACCACCUCUGA